AUGCGUAUUAUCAAUAAUUUUCAGAGUACUACAAGUGUUCCACCUGCCUCAAACUCAAGACUUUCACCGCUACCUCUGGAACCUGCCAGUUUCAGUUGUGACCGUGGGGCAACAAUUGAUAUUCCUCUUGAUACAGCUUCAGGAGGAUCACAUAAUCAGGAUUUAAACAAGAAAGUCCAGGCUAAGGAAGCAGAACUGAAAAGGCAGGAACAGACAUAUUUGAGGCAGAAAGAAGAGGCAGUGACAAGAGCUGGAAUUGUUGUGGAAGAGAAAAAUUGGCCACCAUUUUUUCUAAUCAUUCAUCAUGAUAUUGCCAGUGAAAUUCCAAUUCAUCUACAAAGAUUGCAGUAUGUUGCAUUUUUGACAUUUUUAGGAUUGGUUCUAUGCCUUAUGUGGAAUAUCAUAGCCGUUACUACAACAUGGAUCAAAGGGGAAGGUGUUAAGAUCUGGUUAUUGUCUAUAAUCUAUUUUGUAGCAGGAGUACCAAGAGCCUAUGUAUUCUGGUAUCGCCCACAGUUUGACAACACUGCCUAUUUGCAGAUAUAUGUGGCUUUUAUCCAGAUGCUCAAAGCUCUAAAUAGACAGAGGUCCUACGCGGAUUUGAAGCGUGAAGACAUCAAGUUCGCAGUUGGGGACAAAGUGUUCAUCAACGUUUCUUCUUGGAAGAAAGUAAUUCUCUUUGGUCGCAAAGGAAAGUUGAGUCCAUGCUUCAUAGGAACUUAUGAGGUACUUGAGAGAGUUGGACCAGUGGCUUACAGGUUAGCCUUACCACCUGAGUUGGAGUGCAUACAUAAUGUGUUCCAUGUAUUUAUGCUCAGGAGAUACUGUUUCAAUCCUUUGUAUGUCAUACCCUUAGAGUAG